GUGAUAAACCGGCACAAUAUCAGUUGUGUUCUAGUUUCCGUGACAGUAGGUUCGCCGCUUUUGUGGAAAAGCGUCAUAUUUUGAAAAGGUACUCGAUUCGCACCAUGGCCAACCAACAGAGGACGCAUCUCAUGCUUAAACGCUAAAUCAAAGGCAGUCUUAAAUUUAGGCGAGCAAAGUAUUUGGAGAGUCGCAGACGUUGACAGGGGAAACGACUCUUGUAUAGCAAUAUGUCUGCUGAAAUUUCAACCAACGAAGCUGUUAGUGCAGAACAUAAUGAUAUGAUCGAGGGAGAGCCUAGAUCAUCAGGAGGAUGGACAGACACUUCAAGUACUGAGGACGAGUUGUCCGAACCUUUCGGAUCUGGGGGUUCCGAAGCAGACCCCGACUUUUUCCCUAACGAUUUGAGCGAUUCUGAGAUCGAUGAGCCUCUGGACGUAUCCCGAAAACAAAAACAAAAACGAUCUGUACAAUUCCCAUGUCAAACCCAAAAAAUAUCCAGGAAGAGAAAAACUGACAAAAGCGAGUGGCAAAAAAACAAAGCCAAACGUUUAGGCUAUGAAUCCGCACGAACGAUAAAGCAAAGCGAUGGAACCACUAAAAGAAUCAAAGUUGAGCGCGAAGAAAAGAAGAUAAAACCUGCAUGUGGUGAAAAAUGCCGCUUGAAGUGCUCCAUGAAGAUCUCAGAAGAAGCGAGAAAACAGAUUUUUCAGCAAUUUUGGGCGAUGGGUGACCUACAAAGGCAGCGGGAGUUCAUUUCUCGCGGUAUGGUUUCUGUUCAACCUAAAUAUAGAUAUUACGUGAAGCUAGAGGGUAGUCGACGGCUAAACCAAGCAUACUAUCUAAACGUUGAUAGUCAGAACAUUAGAGUGUGUAAACAUGGAAAACACUCGACUGUUCCUGAAACCAUUAAAGAUGGUAUAAGAGAUCAUAUAAAUACCAAGAAUACCUAGCCAUUAUUGUCGUGCUGUCAGCAAAAAGGAGUACAUAGAAGGAGGAAAAUCAGUUGCUGAUCUCUACAGAGAUUACAAAAUGCUGUGCCAGGAAAGAAAUGUUCCUUAUUCUAACUAUACGAUGUAAUAUACAAUAUUCAAUGAAGAAUUUAAUAUUGCAUUCUUCACUCCUAAAAAAGACCAGUGCGAGCUAUGCCUGGCUUACGCGGAAGCACCUCAAGAUGAGAAACAGCACAUACAAAAUAACUAUGAUAUUCACCUGUGCAAGAAGGAGCUCUCCCGUAUAGAAAAACAACGCGACAAAGAGUCCAAUAGUAUUGUCACAGUCUUCGGUCUUCAAGCUGUAUUGCCGUGCCCCACUAAGAAUGCGUCAUCUUUGUACUAUGUAUCAAAAUUGAACGUAUUCAACCUAACCCUGUAUGAAAUGCAAACCAAGAAAACAUCUUGUUAUAUCUGCAAUGAGGGAGAGGCUGCCAGAGGAGCAAAUUAAAUUGGUUCUUGUGUAUG